GUGCCAACGUGACAAAGAAAUGGCGGCAGAAGCCCAAACACCACUGAAUCGCCCCCAACUCCAAACGCGACAUCGUCCCUAGCCCAAUGGGUAUAUGUCAGAUGGGUAGUAUCUCUGCCAAGGAAUUGACACGCGCAUGUGGUUUGAAAUUUGAUGGCUGGUCUUCGGACGGUUGAGAAGUGAAGCUGCGACCGAGGAGAAGAACUUCCGAGUCGGUAUGUGACGAGCAGGCGUUGCGGUCCGUUUACCAGGCAGUUCGUAAAAUUUCGACGACCUCUAGAUGGAGUACGAUGUUUCCUCUGCAGUGCCGGGUGCAGAAGCCAGCUGGCCCUUCGACGAUCCCAACGCCGAAGUGAUCCUUCGGUCCUCGGAUAAUGUCCAUUUUAGAGUCUUCAAAGGCAACCUUGCACUCGCAUCUCCUGUCUUCAAGGACAUGUUCACUCUCGGUGCCUCAGUCCAUGGUGAACGCCCAUUGAACCCUUACUCGUUACCCAUCAGUCCUCUCAGAAACAGGAACCGUGUUGGACAUGUUGCUCAGACUCAUCUAUCCUGACAACCCCCGAACUCGACUCUAUUGACGACAUAAAGACUCUCGUUGCUACUGUCGUCAAGUACGAUUUGAUAGAACCAGCCGUCCAUCAUGCCACAGACCUGAUAACUCGCAAAUAUUUGCAAUCAAGCCCAGUUUCUCUUUAUGCCGUCGCAUGUCAAUAUGGUUGGAGGAACCUUGCAGAAAAGGCUGCGCGGGAAACGUUGAAGAUCAAGGAUUUUGGCCGGCCAGGCGGUUAUGUGGCUGAACUUGAGGACAUCACAGCAGGCGACGACCUCCUACUUCUGGAGUAUCACUCUGCCUGUGCAACUGCUGCGCAUGAGAUCGACUUUCAAACGGAAUU